AUGUGGAAGGCUACUGCAGGCCACACCAUCUCCCUCAGUCAGGACGACGGGGCCGACGACUGGGAAACGGAUCCUGAUUUUGUGAAUGAUGUGAGUGAGAAAGAGCAGCGCUGGGGGGCUAAAACUGUGAAAGGAUCCGGCCAUCAAGAGCACAUCAAUAUUCAUCAGCUGAGAGAGAACGUAUUCCAAGAACACCAGAACCUGAAAGAGAAGGAGCUGGAAACAGGACCAAAAGCUUCCCAUGGCUAUGGAGGGAAGUUCGGUGUUGAACAGGACCGCAUGGAUAAAUCAGCUGUUGGACACGAAUAUCAAUCCAAACUUUCUAAGCAUUGCUCCCAAGUGGAUUCGGUGAAAGGGUUUGGUGGCAAGUUUGGAGUUCAAACCGAUAGAGUGGACCAGUCAGCUGUUGGCUUUGAGUAUCAGGGGAAAACUGAGAAGCAUGCCUCCCAAAAAGACUACUCGAGCGGUUUCGGUGGCAAGUAUGGAGUACAGGCUGACAGAGUGGACAAGAGUGCAGUGGGCUUUGACUACCAGGGUAAAACUGAGAAACAUGAGUCACAGAAGGAUUAUUCCAAGGGCUUUGGUGGUAAAUACGGUGUUGACAAGGACAAAGUGGACAAAAGUGCUGUUGGCUUUGAGUAUCAAGGCAAAACGGAAAAACAUGAAUCACAGAAAGAUUAUGUAAAGGGCUUUGGAGGCAAGUUUGGAGUGCAGACAGACAGACAAGACAAAUGUGCCCUUGGCUGGGAUCACCAGGAGAAAGUGCAGCUGCACGAGUCCCAGAAAGACUAUAAGAGUGGUUUCGGAGGGAAAUUUGGUGUACAGACAGAAAGGCAGGACCCAUCUGCUGUGGGGUUUGAUUACAAGGAGAAACUAGCCAAGCAUGAAUCUCAACAAGAUUACUCAAAAGGCUUUGGUGGGAAGUAUGGUGUACAGAAAGAUCGGAUGGAUAAGAAUGCAGCAACAUUUGAAGAUAUUGAGAAACCAGCAUCAACUUACCAGAAGACCAAGCCAGUAGAAGCUGUUGCUAAUAAAACAAAAAGCAUCCGAGCUAACUUUGAGAACCUAGCCAAGGAAAAAGAGCAGGAGGACCGAAGGAAGGCAGAAGCUGAGAGAGCACAAAGAAUGGCCAGAGAGAAGCAGGAACAGGAGGAGGCCCGAAGGAAACUGGAGGAACAAGCUAAAGCCAAAAAGCAAACUCCACCAUCCUCUCCUACCACGCAGCCAACUGAGCAGAAGGCGCCCGUGAGCCCGGUCUACGAGGAUGCAGUUUCCUAUGAAGCAGAGUCUGCCUACAAGAACUCCAGCACCACGUAUUCGGCUGGGCGCGAGCCAGAGCCUGGCUACAAAGCUGCAGAGUUGGACUACCAGGAAGCAGUGAGUCAGCGAGAGGCAGAAUAUGAGCCAGAGACUGUCUAUGAAGUGGCUGGGGCAGGAGACCAUUACCAAGCAGAAGAAAAUACUUACGAUGAAUAUGAAAAUGAACUUGGAAUUACAGCCAUAGCCCUUUAUGAUUAUCAAGCUGCGGGUGACGACGAGAUUUCCUUUGACCCUGACGACAUCAUCACGAACAUCGAGAUGAUCGACGACGGCUGGUGGAGGGGGGUCUGCAAAGGCCGCUACGGGCUCUUCCCUGCCAACUACGUGGAGCUCAGACAGUAGAGACUGCUGCCUACUGCUUAUGCCUUAAUUCCCCAGUCCAUAACUCUGACUUCAUACACUACAGAUCACGAUGCUUUUCUGAGGAUGGAGGGGUGUCUACAUAUGGCUUUUAUAUUUAAUACUUUGCUGAUGCUUUUUAAAACGUUUAUGCCACAGAAAUCGCUAAUAUAUUGUAACGACUUUGUUCUUCACUGAGGCUCUGAAUUAUUUUCAUGCAUUGGGAGACAUUUCUUCUCUGCCAAAUUAGCAAUGGUCAGAAAAAAGCCUUUUUGGAGGACGAUUAGCUGUCUGUUGUAAUAUUGCAUGUUUUACUCACAAGUGAGCGGAUUUACUUAGUGUUUAAGUCUAGAUAGUCUUCCACUAAAUGUUUUCAGCUAAGAAAAUCAUGGCUCUGCAGGUUAUUUGCAUUUCCACUAAGCAGGAGUGGGGAGGACUGGGGAGG